AUUCCCACUUCUCAUUACUUCCAUAUUCCAAUACAGAUCACAGAACACAAAACACAUUAACAUUACUACAAGAUAAGACAUCACAAAAACUAAAAAACCACACACUGACACCCUCUCUUUCUCUGCUAUAAUCUCUCUGCAGAGACUCAACAAUGUCUUGCUCCAAUGUCACCAUGUUGGUCUCCUCCAAACCUUCUUUAUCAGAUGCCUCUAACCUCUCCUUCCGUUCAGCUUUCAACCCUUUUCAGCUUCCUUCACAAAACUCAUCUACUUGCACCCCUUCAAAAACCUCUCACACCCCCUCAAUUCAGUGUGGUCUAAGAGAACUCAGAAACCGCAUUGACUCUGUCAAAAACACUCAGAAAAUCACAGAAGCAAUGAAACUUGUCGCGGCCGCAAAAGUCAGAAGAGCUCAAGAAGCUGUUGUUAAUGGAAGACCGUUCUCAGAGACACUUGUUGAAGUUCUCUACAGCAUCAAUGAACAGCUUCAAACUGAAGAUGUUGAUUCUCCUCUAACUAAGCUUAGGCCUGUGAAAAAAGUUGCACUUGUUGUUUGCACAGGUGACAGAGGUCUCUGUGGUGGUUUCAACAAUAAUAUAUUGAAGAAAGCUGAAAGAAGAAUUGCUGAGUUGAAAACUCUUGGUCUUGAUUACACUGUUAUCAGUGUUGGUAAAAAGGGUAACUCUUAUUUCAUUCGUAGACCUUAUAUACCUGUUGAUAGGUUUCUCGAAGGUGGAACACUUCCUACUGCUAAAGAAGCACAAGCUAUAGCAGAUGAUGUUUUUUCACUUUUUGUUAGUGAAGAAGUUGAUAAAGUUGAACUUUUGUAUACUAAGUUUGUUUCAUUGGUGAAAUCAGAUCCUAUUAUUCAUACUUUGCUUCCUUUAUCACCUAAAGGUGAAAUCUGUGAUAUAAAUGGAAUCUGUGUUGAUGCUGCUGAAGAUGAACUUUUCAGGUUAACAACAAAAGAAGGAAAGUUAACUGUUGAAAGAGAUACUGUUAGGACUAAGACGAUUGAUUUUUCGCCUAUUUUGCAGUUUGAGCAGGAUCCUGUUCAAAUUCUUGAUGCACUUUUGCCACUUUAUUUGAACAGUCAAAUCUUGAGGGCGUUGCAGGAAUCACUUGCUAGUGAAUUAGCUGCUAGGAUGAGUGCUAUGAGUAAUGCUACUGAUAAUGCUGUUGAGUUGAAGAAGAACUUGUCGAGGGUGUAUAAUCGGGAACGUCAGGCAAAGAUCACUGGUGAAAUUCUUGAAAUUGUUGCUGGAGCUGAUGCCUUACAAUAGAUUGUGUAUUAUAUUAUAUAAGGGCUGUUCUAUUUCUCUCAUCCAUGGUUGGAACUUGGAAGUUGGAUUUCUUUGUAGGUGUUUCUACUACAUGUAGACUUGAGCACUAUCGUGGUUAAUCACAUUUAAAUGUGUGGUUAGUGAAUGUAAUUAGGUGACUUAUAAUUCAACUAAUGUAAUAAAUAGGUGUUGUAACCAAUCAGUUAGUUAGUUGAUUAUAAUUCAAUUAGUAUAUGUGUUAGUUGGUUAAGAUUGAUUCAUGUAUAAAUAAGCUUACAGCUUAUGAAAUAAACAAGUCUUUAUCAUUA